CAAAGGAAAAUGAUGGAGGGAUAUUUACCAGAAAUGCAAAGCAUGCUGGAACCAGUCAAUCUGUUGGACGACGCCUCUUCCAGGUCCCCACAUAAUGAGAAGUCUGAUAAAACAUCUGGAAUGAAGGACUGCUCAAGCAUUAGUUAUACUGGAGAUGAUGCUGGUGUCUUGGAAAGGGAAUCGAGGUUGUUGCCCUCAGACCAGGAUUCAACAGUUAUUGGCAAAAGCAACAAUGGAGCCCUGGCAGAAAGACAGGAGCAGCAGUGUGGAGGGGCAGACUGCUGUGCCAAUACCUGCUCUGAAAGAAAGCUGGAAGGCUUCACAAAACCGGAACAUGUAUCUAGUGAAGAAUUUGAACGACAAGAUCCAAAAACUAAUCAGACAGAACAGUCAUUAAUGGAAAUAUUACAGGAGCUAAGGGAGGAGUCUGACUUUGUGAAAAAAUCUAGCAAUAAAAUCUAUUCAGAAAGCCCUUAUGACACAGACUGCACAAAGAAGCUUAUUUUCACAAUACAUCAGACUUCCUCACAGGAGGAUUUGCUAAAGGAAAUAGAGUCUGAACUCUUAUCUACGGAUUUUUCAAAGGAACGAAAAGUCCCAAAUGGUGUGCAGAAGGGAGAACAUGCCUUGGUUGUGUUUGAAAAAUGUGUGCAAGAUAAGUACCUGGAGCAAGAACAAACUAUAAAAAAAUUGAUUAAAGAAAAUAAAAAACAUCAGGAACUGAUUUUGGAAAUUUGCUCAGAAAAGGACAACUUAAAAGAUGAAUUGAAAAAACGAACAGAAACAGAAAAGCAGCACCUCAACAUUAUUAAACAGCUGGAAGCAAGAACGGAAGAGCUUAAUAAAGAAGUGAAAGCUAGUAAAGACAAACUUUUAACUCAAGAUUCAGCAGCCAAAAACGCUAUUCAGCAGUUGCAUAGAGAGAUGGCCUUUCGAAUGGAACAGGCAAACAAGAAAUGUGAAGAAGCACGCCAUGAAAAGGAAACAAUGGUGAUGAAAUACGUCCGAGGGGAGAAGGAGUCACUUGACCUCCGAAAGGAAAAGGAGAUACUUGAGAGAAGAGUGAGAGAUGCAAACAAAGAAAUUGAAAAGCAUACUAAUAAAAUCAAACAACUUUCUCAGGAAAAAGGAAGAUUACACCAGCUCUAUGAAACUAAGGAUGGUGAAGCCACUCGACUCAACAGAGAAAUAGAAAAAUUGAAAGAAGAAAUCAAUUCUCAUCUUAUCAAAGUAAAAUGGGCUCAGAACAAACUGAAAACAGAAAUGGAUUCACACAAGGAAACCAAAGAACGCCUCAAAGAUGCAACGACAAAAUUGACUGAAGCAAAAGAAGAAGCAGACCAGAUAAGGAAAAACUGUCAAGAAAUGAUAAAAACUUAUCAAGAGUCAGAAGAAAUCAAAUCAAAUGAAUUGGAUGCAAAACUCCGAGUAACUAAAGGAGAACUAGAGAAACAAAUUCAGGAGAAGUCUGAUCACCUGGAGGUGCAUCAUGCAAAAAUAAAAGAACUGGAAGACUUGAAGAGAACAUUUAAAGAAGGCAUGGAUGAGCUUCGAACACUGAGAACAAAGGUAGAGAGUCUAGAGGAUGAGCGUUUAAGAACAGAAGAUGAGUUAUCCAAGUAUAAAGAAAUCAUUAAUAGACAGAAAACUGAAAUUCAGAAUUUGCUGGACAGAGUCAAAACUGUAGAUCGCCUGCAGGAUCAACAUCAGAGAGAUGAACAAGAAAUCAGUGCUUUAAAGGAAGAAGUAGAUGGUUUCAAUUCUCUGAUUGCUGAUCUCCAGAAGGACAUUGAAGGUAGUCGGAAAAGAGAAUCUGAGCUAUUGAUAUUCACUGAAAAAUUAACCAGUAAGAAUGCACAGCUUCAGUCUGAAAACAAUUCCUUACAGAGCCAGUUGGAUAAGCUUUCUUACAGCGAAAGAGAGCUGCAGAAUCAACUGGAAUGCGUUCAACAGACUAAAGAUGAUCUGGCCACCAAGUUGCAGAAGGAGGAGGAUCAGCGAAAGCUAGAGGUUGAGACACUACAGGCUCAGCUAGCUUCAGAGCAGAAAGAACUAACAGCGCUGAAGACCCACGUAGAUGAACUGAAAGAUGAACUGGCUACCCAGAAGCGCAAGCAUGCAGCAAACCUGAAAGACCUCACAAAACAACUUCAGCUAGCACGGAGGAAAUUGGAUCAGAUGGAAAAUAGUAAUUACGACAAAGAAGUCAGCAGCAUGGGGAGCCGUUCCAGUUCAUCAGGGUCCCUUAAUGCGCGCAGCAGCAAUGAGGAUCGGUCACCUGAGAAUACUGGAUCUUCAGUAGCUGUGGAUAGCUUCCCAGAGGUGGACAAGUCUGUCUUGGUUGAAAGAAUACUAAGGCUACAGAAGGCACAUGCUCGAAAAAAUGAAAAGAUGGAGUUUAUGGAGGAUCACAUUAAACAACUGGUGGAGGAAAUCAGAAAAAAAACAAAAAUUAUUCAGAGUUACAUUUUGCGGGAAGAAGCUGGAACACUAUCAUCAGAGGCCUCUGACUUCAACAAAGUACACUUGAGUAGACGAGGUGGGAUUAUGGCAUCUCUGUACACAUCUCAUCCCGCAGAUAGCGGUCUCACAUUGGAACUCUCCUUAGAGAUAAACAGGAAGCUGCAGGCUGUGUUAGAAGAUACAUUACUGAAAAAUAUUACAUUGAAAGAAAACCUUCAAACUCUAGGAACAGAAAUAGAACGGCUUAUUAAACACAAGCAUGAACUGGAGCAGAGAAUAAAGCAGACAUAACUAAAACUUUUAUGGAAUAACCAACAUGAAGAUGCAAAAAAGGCAGGUGCUACAGACCACUGUUUUUUACAUUUUUCCUGAAAUUUGAUUGCCUGCCAGCACAAGCAUCUGGUAUUUUGCAUAUACAGCCUUUAACCAUACAGACUUACUCGUGUGAGAGAUCUACAGGGUUUGGCAUCAGCGUGGUUCUGUCUACCUAAUACCAGCCUGAGGUGUUGCUGAAUUUUACUACACACUACGUUUAUCUAAAACUUUUAUUUGAAAUGACAUACAGAUGCUUUGCAGUGCAUACUGUGUUUUGAGGGAGUUGCAGUGAGAUUUUAAUUUCUGCACUGUAUAAUUAAUCAGUCUCUUAAUGAUGGAGCUUGAAAAAAUAAAACCAAUUAUGUCUUAGUUGCUGUUGAACAUAUCCAGUGUUACUGAGCUUUAAGGGCUUUCAGACGUUAUUUCCUUUCUUGCAUAUUAUUUCUGAUACUUAGGUUGAUUAAGCAUUUUUGACAUACGCAUGGAAAAAUGCUUUGUCACAAAAUCUUGUUUUUUAAGUGGUGGCCAUGAUAUUGCAUAUUUUCUGCUUUAGAUAACAUUCAACUGGUCAGUUUCUUUAUUCAAAAGAAGUGAAACAACAGUAAAACUAAGGGAUUAAAAGCUUUCUGAUUCAAUUGUUGAGUAUGUAGAAUUGAAACAAAUGUCAAUUCAACAAAUACUGUAAACCCUUGAUCUUUAGACAUGGAUCUAAAGAAGUCUGAUACCAGAUAACUGGUUAAUAAAGUUCUCUGGCCUUCUGCAUAACUAACAGCUUUUAAAAAGUAGGAGUUUUAACUGCCCGUUGUUACGUAUGUACAGGUAGACAUCAUGAUUGCAUCUGUUUUCAGAUGAUCAGAAAAUCUGUUUUCAAAAACAAAUGGAAGCUAAGUUUUCUCAUUUAACUGUGGCUAGACCAGCCAGUGAAAGUAAUGGUAAGAAAUGCAAAAUAUAUCUAAAUGGGAUUUUAAUCUAUUGGUUGGACUGUGAAAGCGGCACAGUCGAAAUCUGUGCGACUCCUUAAUUUUACUUUUGUGAAGAAUUAGUUGGUCAAAAUGGCAUGAACUGAAGAACUGUUACUUAGUCCUUCAGUGGCUGAGAUGGUGAUGGAGGAAGAGUAUCAAGGUGACAAGAUUCUGGUUAGUCACAAUGUCACGUUCACAUUUUACUUCCAGGAUAAGUAACUUACAGGAAUUGAAGUAUGUCUAUUCCAGCAGUAAAUGCAUAGAUUUCUGUAUUUAUUGCCUUUUGACCAAAAUGAAUUGACCAGAUCACAGUGUAAAUAUAUACUUCGGGGUUUUAUUAAAUACUUGAACUUCCUAUUAUCAUAAAAAAAGAUUCAAUGUACAUCUACAAUAGCAAUGCUUUAGCGAUUUUAAUCAGAAAGGAUACUUGGGGUGGGGAGGGAGGGGAUAUAUCUUGCUGAAGGCACCGUUUGCAUCAUACACAAAACAAGAGGCCUGAAUCUGGUAGCACGUGGGGGGGACAAUUUAUCAAAGCAUCUAGGUGACUUAGGGGUGUGUACUCCAUUUUCAGGUGCCACUGAGUCACUUGAGCUUUGUAAUGAACCAAAUUGAGCAAAAGGGCCUGAUUUGGUUUGAGUAGUUUGAUGCAAGACAGUGAGACUUCCUUUUUACUUUAAAGAUAGGCAUCUCUGAAAGUCCUUGCGGGAUCAGGACCUGACUUGUGGUCCAGAGAGCUUCAGGAGUCUUGGAUGGCAGGUCCUUUCAGUGUCAAAGGAUUAAGUAUUUCUUUAGAAAGGGAGGGUGGAAACAAAUUAUUUAAAACCUGACCAAGCAUUGUAGACACUGUGAGCCUUUAAUCCGGGUGGGUUUUUAUACAUGUAUUUUUCUAAUUCCUGAGAGCAAUGGUUAUCUGAAGUGUUAGGGAAUUUGGACCAGUCCAGUCACAGGACUACCUCUGCUUUGCUGUUAAGUGAUGUGAAGAGGAAAAUACCUGGCUCUGCUGAAACAGAUUUGUCACCAGCUUCCAAGAAGUGUGUUGUUUGUGACUGAACUAGAACUGCUGAAAGAAAGUAUUUGGAACAAUUUGCAUGUCAAAACAUAGCUUAGCUCUUGUAUGUUUUGUGUUUUCAUGCUUUAAUGUACCAGAUCUCUGGAUAUUUUCAGGCAUUCAGCUGAAUGGCUCCAGUAUUUUAGAUACCAUGUUAACAUUGUAAUCAUUUAAUGUAUGUUCCCAGGUGUACAAUGUGAAUGAAGGAGAGGUGUGGUGCAGAUGGAAUAAGUGCAAUGACAUUGUGGAAAUUCUUACUUCUUUUUGGCAUGGUUGUUUCUCCUUUUAAGUUAUUUGAGAAACCUAGUUAGCUGUCCUGCCCUGCUGGGAAUCCUACUUCCUCUCAGUAGCACUAGUAACUUUUCAGACUUUUUUUCUUGGUUAUGGAGACACACAAAGCAGCCAAAAUAUCACAUCGUUUAUUGUGCACGGUAUUUUCAUGGACCAAAGUCGUCUUCUACAGGCGUUAUUUUAAACACACCUGGUAGAGACAGAAAUUUUAUUCUAGCUCGCACAUUGGCAAAUGACUCUCUAUCCAGUAAGCCCAGAAUGUGAUGAAUACAUGACAGGGUCAGCCAGCAACUUUGCUUAAUGAUGUUGCUCAUUCCUGAGAGGCAGUGGUGUACUAGCCAUGAAAAUGUUGCUGGCAAGCCACUUGCCUGUUGUUUCCAUGGGGUAGAUCAUCAGGAGUGUAGUAUUGUUGGUGCAUGUAACAAGAACACUUCUGUGAAAAGGUGUGUUUCUGUGGGGUGGUUCACGCAGGUGAGCAGCAGCUGGUGCAGAGUGGGUGCAUGGCUUGCGUAGCAAUCACAUUUCACUUACCCUUGUUUUGGAAACCUUUUACGUUAUGAACCUGAGAUUGAAAACUGUCCUCAGAUAAACUGAAUUUUAGAGAGAAACUGAUAAACUAAUUUUGAAGGCAGUCUGGAGCAGUUAGCUACAUACCUAACAUUUGAAAUUCAGUGUCCAUUAGACAUGUAAUUGCCACAGGCUGCUUUUGAAAAUUCCAAGCUUGUAGCUAGUUGUGUCCUGCAGGCUUAAACAUCUGUUUCUUAAAUACUCAGCGUGCUCUUUUAUUUCAAACAUCGCACAUCUAGAUGUUGUUAGAGGCCCCGCAGGAAAGCUGUCUAUGCUUUUCCACCGUCUGUAAAAUCCAGCACUGUCGUUGUCUAAAGCCAGACCCUCUGAACUGAAGAAUACCAUUUUAUGCUGUAGAAAUCACUGGCUUUCUGCCACAUAGACUUGUGCAAUGUUUUUAAUUUUAGUCUCCAGAAAACAGUGGAGAUUGAAUUAUUCCCCCCUCCCCCACCAAUAUGUUCUCAUCAUCUUCAGUUGUUGCUGGCAGCACCUGCAGUAUCUCCAGCUACUAAAACUGAAGUUACGCUCUUGAAAUAUUUUUCAUUACAAUAUUUUGGUUCAUAACUAAAAAAAAAAACA